UGUUGGUCAGAGCAAUGUAAAGUUGUGGUCGUUACACUAACCAUCUUUGAUGAAGGGCUUCCUACCACAUCAGUCUUUUAACCACAUUCUUUCCUUGCUUUCUGGUCAUUUGCAAGAAAAAUUUUAAGAGGCUCCCCCUCUGUAAAGGUUUGAGAGCCCCUAGAAUUUCCUUUUUUACUUGCUUCCGACCGCAAACAAAUGAUCAAUGUAAUCUCUGGAUGAGGAGUCAACAUUUUACAAAGGUAGAGGGAGGAGGUGACAGAAAUUUCCAAUCCCUGGAUGGUGUGAAGUGAAAGUGCUUUCAAAGGAUCCCACAAGAAUGGCACAGGUGGGCAUAAUUGGUCUGUCCCUUCGUCAGAAGACCCAAGGAGUUGAAAGGAAAUUCUAACUACAACACCCAAAUGCCACAAAACCAUAGUUAUUAAUACCAACUAACUAGCAUCUCUGUCUAUCUGCCACCAUCUCAUCUUAAAAAACUUGUGAAAAUACGUAAUCUUGAUGAGACUUCAAUGAGGUAUAAAUAUCAGCAGCAGAAGGAGACACAGUACAUUCUUCUGAUCAUCUGAAGAUCAGCUAAUAGAAAAGAAGAGCAGCUAAGUCCUGUGGACCUGAUCGACUUAAUACAGGAGCUACAAAUUUCAACUACUUUGGCCUAACUCUUCUCUGAAACGAUGAAUUAUACAAGUUAUAUUUUGGCUUUUCAGCUUUGCGUGAUCUUGGGUUCUUCUGGUUGUUACUGCCAGGCCCCAUUUUUUGAUGAAAUAGAAAACCUAAAGAAAUAUUUUAAUGCAAGUCAUCCAGAUGUAGCAGAUGGUGGGCCUCUUUUCUUAGAAAUUUUGAAGAAUUGGAAAGAGGAGAGUGACAAAAAAAUAAUUCAGAGUCAGAUUGUCUCCUUCUACUUCAAACUCUUUGAAAACUUAAAAGAUAACCAGAUCAUUCAAAGGAGCAUGGAUAUCAUCAAGCAAGACAUGUUUCAGAAGUUCUUAAAUGGCAGCUCUGAGAAACUAGAGGACUUCAAAAAGCUGAUUCAAAUUCCGGUUGAUAACCUGAAGGUCCAGCGCAAAGCCAUAAGUGAACUCAUCAAAGUGAUGAAUGAUCUGUCACCAAAAUCUAACCUAAGAAAGCGGAAGAGACGUCAGAAUCUGAUUCAAGGCCGGAGAGCGUCGAAGUAAUGGUCGUCCUGCUGGCAAUAUUUGAAUUUUUAAAUCUAAAUCUAUUUAUUAAUAUUUAAUAUUUUACAUUAUUUAUAUGGGGAAUAUAUAUUUAGACUCAUCAAAGUAUUUAUAAUAGCAACUUUUAUGUAAUGAAAGUGAGUAUCUAUUAAUAUAUGUGUUAUUUAUAAUUCCUGUAUCCUGUGACAAUUUCAUUUGACCCUUUUUUUCCUGACUAACUAGGCAAGUCUAUGUGAUUAUAAGGUUUUGUCUCAGGGGCAACUAGGCAGCCAGCCAACCUAAGCAAGACCCUGUGGGUUGUGUGUUUAUUACUUGAUGAUAUAAUGAAUGCUUAUAAAUGAAAUGUUGCCAUACAGUUACUCCCUGUUUGAGAGUAUGUCUGCAUUCUGAGCCACUGCUUUGAUGGAAUGUCAAACAGACUUGAAUGUGUCAGAUGAUAUGACUUGUUCCCCUGAUAAAAACAGCAUCUCACCUCAUCUUGUGCCUAGUACUUCAGAAUAUUGCUGAUAACUGUGAUUGCACCCAAAUGGAAAGUAAUACAUUUGUUGAGUUUAUCAAUAUGCAAUAUAUAUGAAUAAAGUAUCAUUUUAUAA